AUGGGUUGUGAGAUGGAGUCCAAUCAAUCAGAAGACACGGAAAUUGUCCUCUCGUCAAUGUGGCCUGAAAAUAUAAAUGAAGCUGGGAGGCAGUUCAAUGUUGAAAAGCCAGGAGCAGACAAGGAUAUGUUGGCGGAGGUUACAAUAAAUGAGGAACCUACAAUAGUUGAUUUUAAGCGUCUUUUAGACCUUACGAAUUACAGCGAGAAAGGUUCCUCGCAGUUGGCCUACUUGGUUAAGAAUUGGGAAUAUAAACAGGCCAAUGCCGUACGACUUCUCAGAGAAGAGCUUGACAACCUUAGCCAACAACAGCAAGCAGUUGAACUGAAGAAAUUGGAGAUACUGGAAGAACAUCGUUUUGAACAGGAUGGAUAUGGGGGCGAUAAGCAUCCAAUUUCUAUUUUGGAUGAAAAUCUAAGAUACUUCUAUCAAGAUGCACCUCGGAGAAAGAAUCUUGUUAUCUUCCAAGACGAAAUAAUACCAAUAGAUGCUGAAUAUGACAGCAUAAUUUACUGGAAGCAGCGAGCAAUGCAUUUAGAGAAAUCGUUAGAGGCAAGUCUUCAGCGAGAGCGGGUGUUACGGGAUAAAUUGCUGGAAAGUAUUGAUAACCUUGAAAGGCAAUCCUCUCCAGUGGAGGAAUUAUCUCAGGUUUUGAAGAGAGCAGAUAAUUUCUUACAUUUUAUCUUACAAAAUGCGCCAGUAGUCAUAGGUCACCAGGAUAAAGAUCUGCGCUAUCGCUUCAUCUAUAAUCAUUUUCCAAGUUUACGCGAGGAGGAUAUCAUAGGCAAAACAGACGUGGAGAUUUUCACUGGUUCUGGUGUAAAGGAAUCUCAAGACUUCAAAAGAGAAGUUUUAGAAAGAGGAUUGCCUGCAAAAAGGGAAAUUACAUUUGAAACUGAACUAUUUGGGGCAAAGACAUUCUUAAUUUAUGUGGAACCUGUUUUCAGCAAGGCAAGGGAGCCUAUUGGUGUCAAUUAUAUGGGGAUGGAAGUGACUGAUCAGGUCCGGAAAAGAGAGAAAAUUGCAAAGCUUCGAGAGGAAAUGGCUGUACAAAGAGCCAAGGAGACAGAGCUCUACAAAACCAUCCAUAUAACAGAGGAAACGAUGCGAGCAAAACAAAUGUUAGCAACCAUGUCUCAUGAGAUAAGAUCUCCCCUAUCUGGAGUUCUAAGUAUUGCUGAUAUCCUUUCUGCCACCAAACUGGAUAAGAAACAAAGACAACUUUUGAAAGUAAUGUUAUCUUCUGGUGACAUGGUUCUGCAACUGAUAAAUAACAUCCUUGAUCUUUCCAAGGUGGAAUCAGGAGUCAUGAAAUUGGAAGCUACAAAGUUUAGGCCAAGGGAGGUAGUAAAGCACGUACUCCAGACUGCAGCAGCAUCACUACAAAAAUCAUUGACCUUAGAAGGGCAUGUAGCAGAUGAUGUCCCAGUGGAGGUUGUUGGAGAUGUCUUAAGGAUUCGUCAGAUUCUCACAAACCUGAUCAGCAAUGCAAUCAAGUUUACUCACGAAGGCAAGGUUGGUAUAAAGCUUUAUGUGAUACCAGAGCCACAUGAUGCGGUCAAACAAAUACCUGAUCAGAAUAUUUCUUCCGAUCAAUCAUCUGUUUCAGUCAAUACAAAAAAAGAAGAUGAAUGUUCGACGAUAGGAGUCCAAGAGAGUGACUCCAACUGUGAAGAAACAAUAGUGUGGAUAUGCUGUGAUGUUUAUGAUACAGGAAUUGGAAUACCAGAAAAUGCUAUAUCCAAUCUAUUUAAGAAAUACAUGCAAGUUGGUGCAGAUACAGCUCGAAAGUAUGGCGGAACAGGAUUAGGACUAGCAAUCUGUAAACAAUUGGUUGAACUCAUGGGUGGUCAGCUCACUGUAUCCAGUAAAGAGCAUUGUGGCUCUACUUUUACAUUCGUACUAUCUUACAAGGUUUCACCGGCCUCUGAUAGUUCAGAUGAUCCUGAUGAAGUUUCAGAUAUGGUGAACCAUGAUAUCUCGGAUGACUCUAAUGACGAUGAUUUACAUUCAGGAAUUUUCUUGUUUGAACCACGUAUUUCGGGUUCGUUAGUUUCUUCUCACGGUUCUGGAUGGAUCCCAAAACUCUCACCAAACAGUUAUGGAUUUAAUGCCUCGCAUGAGUGUAAUGGAACAUCAGAAGACUCCUUAUCCCCCUAUAGUAAUAAUACACAUAAGGAAGCCAGUUCAGAUGAAGAUGUGUGUUCGGUAGCUGGUGUUAUGGAGAUGUCUGAACCUGGGACUUCAUCACAGCAUAGCUCAGAUUCUAGUAAUCUAAGCACUCCGGUGAAACAUACACGGAUUCAUAGUGAAGUGAAUGAUAUUUUCAAUUCUCAUGUUCCCUCAACCAGUUACUUCAGAACAAGAAAUCGGGUAGGUGAAACUUUGGAAACAAUUAGUUCUCGAGUAACAUGUCCAACACAUGAUCAGGCUGUCGAAAGUUUCAACUGUACUCCCAUCGACAGUCCAGAAAUCUCAAAAUCUGAGCUAAAACCUAAGAUCCUUCUUGUUGAAGAUAACAAGAUUAAUGUGAUGGUGACAAAGUCAAUGAUGAAGCAGUUGGGCCACAACAUAGAUGUCGUGAAUAAUGGAGUAGAAGCUGUACGUGCAGUUCAAUGCAACAUCUACAAUCUUGUUCUCAUGGAUGUAUGCAUGCCAGUAAUGGAUGGUCUUCAAGCUACAAGGCUGAUCCGAUCAUUUGAGGAAACUGGUAACUGGGAUGAUGCAGUGAAGGCCGGAGUCGAGCUGCAGUUACCUCUGCUGGACUCUUCAACAAAUUCAGAAGAACCGACAAAAUCCAGAAAGAGGAUUCCUAUCAUAGCGAUGACGGCGAAUGCGUUGUCAGAGAGUGCAGAUGAGUGUUUUGCAAAUGGUAUGGACUCGUUUGUAUCGAAGCCUCUAUUAAGAUGUUUCAGUUCGCUGGGUCGUCCCUUGCUUGCCCAUGGAUUCAGCAGCAGUAACAAAAUCCUCUCACCAAACCAGCAACACUGCAAUGCCCUUCACUUACUCUGCCAAACACCAUCACCUCUGAGGCUAGUAUGGUGA